AUGAAGGAUGGUCUUUACAACGGACUAAAAGUGAUGGGAACAAAAAUAAAAGGUUUACAAGAGACAGAAACGUUUCGAAAGAUUGACACAACCCUGGUCGGUUGGAAGACUAAGCUUGAGGACUCUGAGCGUUAUCAGAAAACCAAACAGUCUCUUAACGAAGGUGGAAAGAAAGCAUCUUCUGCCAUUUCAUCAGCUGCCACUUCUAUAAAGGAGAAUGAGAGGGUGAAGACUAUUGGGACAAAGACUAGUGGUGCUUUUCAAAGUGCUGGCACUGCCAUUAAGAGCACAGGUACUGCCAUCAGGGAGAAUGAAAGGGUCCAAAACUUUGGAGAGAGGAUAAGAUCAACUUCUGUCAGAAUUAAGGAUCGUGUUAUGGGUACUAGUGUUGACGCUGGUGAUGAACCCGUUGCUAAGGAGACUGUGGUCCCAGACGAGCCUACCAAAAAGGAUUGA